CACGCACACACGCACACGCAGGAGCAGCUCCGCCCCUGGGCCCACCUUCCCCGGACGGCCUUAAAUGCAGGCAGUGGGCGCUCCGCUGCACAACCGCAACCAUUCUGUCUAGGUAGUGGAACCUGCGGGCUGGGGAUUUGCUUUAUGUGAGGUGAGGAACGGAGUAUUCACCCACCACGGAGCUGUCCAGUGCCCUCGUGAAACCGCAGCGGUGGCUGGGAAGAAUUUCGAAACUUCAGGAUGGUUCCUGCUAAGAGCUGGACCCUGAAGAAGCACUUUGAAGGCAGCCCUACUCAUAGUAACUUUGAGUUAAAGACAGUUGAACUCCCAUCCUUAAAAAAUGGAGAGGUCCUGCUGGAAGCUUUGUUCCUUACCGUGGAUCCUUAUAUGAGAGUGGCAGCCAAAAGAUUGAAGGAGGGUGAUAUGAUGAUGGGGCAGCAAGUGGCCAGAGUUGUGGAAAGUAAAAACUCAGCCUUCCCAGCAGGAACUGUGGUAGUGGCUUUUUCAGGCUGGACGACGCACUCUAUUUCUGAUGGGAAAGAUCUGGAAAAGCUACCCGCAGAAUGGCCAGACACGUUACCGGUGUCUUUGGCUCUGGGAACAGUGGGCAUGACAGGGCUAACAGCCUACUUUGGCCUACUUGACAUCUGUGGUGUGAAGGGUGGAGAAACAGUGAUGGUUAAUGCAGCAGCAGGAGCAGUGGGCUCUGUGGUGGGGCAGAUAGCUAAGCUCAAGGGCUGCAAAGUUGUUGGAGCAGCAGGGUCUGACGAAAAGCUUGCCUACCUCAAAAAGCUUGGAUAUGAUGUUGCCUUUAACUACAAAACAGUAGAGUCUUUGGAAGAAACUUUGAAAAAAGCCUCUCCUGAUGGUUAUGAUUGUUACUUCGAUAAUGUAGGUGGAGAGUUUUCAAACAUUGUUAUCCCCCAGAUGAAGAAAUUUGGAAGAAUUGCUAUAUGUGGGGCCAUCUCUACAUACAAUAGUACUUGCCCUCCUCCCCCAGGCCCACCCCCAGAGAAUAUUAUCUAUCAGCAGCUCCGCCUGGAAGGGUUCAUCGUCACCCGCUGGCAAGGAGAGGUCCGCCAGAAGGCUCUGAAAGACUUGCUGAAAUGGGUCAUAGAGGGUAAAAUCCAGUACCAUGAAUACAUCAUCGAAGGAUUUGAAAACAUGCCAGCUACAUUCAUGGGAAUGCUGAAAGGAGAUAAUUUGGGAAAAACAAUAGUGAAAGUAUGAAAAAAAUGACACAUGCAAUCUAGAAAUCAUUUGGAUAAUUAUUUCUUUUUAACCAUUUAGUAAAAAUGUAUACUACCUUCAUCAUCUAAGAAAUAGUCAUUGUGAUGAGUUUGAUCUCCCUAAUAAAACACAUGUAAGUGGUAUGUAAUUAGAACAGAGUGAAAAUUUCAUAGUGAACAAUGGCCAUUCACCUCACUCCCUACUACAGCUCUUGGGUUGUGGUGCAAAAUAAUGGUUUGAAGUCCAAAAGUUUACUGCUUCUGUGACUUUGGAGUUCUGAUUUUUUUUUUUUUUUUUCUGAUCUGUAAAGUGAGGAGAGUAACAUCUGCUUUAUAUACAUAUUAUAAAUUUAUUUAAAACACCAGCAUAGGGGCACCUGGGUGGCUCAGCUGGUUAAGCAUCCGACUCUUGA